CUGAAUCCAGGGUAGUGCCAGGCACAGAGGUGCCCUGGCGCCAGCCCCGGAGUGCCUCUGCCCUGGAGGGCCCCAGAGUACCCACAAGGCCACUCCCCCAGGACACAGGGAGAGCGGGGACUGCUUCUUCUCCACACUCCUUACCAAAGCCCAGAAUUGCAGAACUGAGCCGGCAUGCAGGCCUCAGGCUGGGCUCUGCCAUGGACGCACUGAGUGACCUGGGGUCCAGCUCUCCCCACAACUGGGCCUUGAUUUCGCCAUCAUUCAAACAAGGAGGAUGGGUUCAACCUGACUGCAGCUCGUUCUCUGAUGCUGUGGAAACAGGAGGCGCCACUGCUGAAUUUGGUGCCUGAGCAGAGACGUGGUUGGUGACAGCAUGACGAGUGAGGUGAUCGAAGAUGAGAAACAAUUCUAUUCCAAGGCCAAGACGUACUGGAAGGAGGUCCCACCCACCGUGGACGGCAUGCUCGGGGGGUAUGGCCACAUCUCCAGCAUCGACAUCAACAGCUCCCGGAAGUUCCUGCAGAGGUUCCUGAGGGAAGGCCCGAACAAGACGGGAACCUCGUGUGCCCUGGACUGCGGAGCUGGCAUCGGGAGAAUCACCAAGCGGCUGCUCUUGCCUCUCUUCACGGUGGUGGACAUGGUGGACGUGACGGAGGACUUUCUGGUCAAGGCUAAGACCUACCUGGGGGAGGAGGGCAAGAGAGUGAGGAACUACUUCUGCUGUGGGCUCCAGGACUUUAGCCCAGAGCCCAGCUCUUACGACGUCAUCUGGAUCCAGUGGGUAAUAGGCCACCUGACCGAUCAGCACCUGGCCGAGUUCCUGCGGCGCUGCAAGCGGGGCCUCCGCCCCAACGGCAUCAUCGUCAUCAAAGACAACAUGGCCCAGGAGGGCGUCAUCCUGGAUGACGUGGACAGCAGCGUGUGCCGGGACCUCGACGUGGUCCACAGGAUCAUCCGCAGCGCGGGCCUCAGCCUCCUGGCCCAGGAGCGGCAGGAAAACCUCCCGGACGAGAUCUACCACGUGUACAGCUUAGCCCUGAGAUGAGCAGGGGCUGGCAGGAGAGCGGGACCAGUGUGGGCGGGGGAGCCAGCAGCGGGCAAGGUCCAGAAGCUCCACGUGGAUGGUUCGGGAGUGUUGAGUGAGGCCACUAAAUACACCUGUCUGCCGUCCACU